GAGUGUUUCGCAUCAGUUAAAUGUCAAUUUUCAUCCCAAAAGGAUGUCCCGGUUGCAAAAAUUCGCGAAAUCCCUUUUCCACUGAAAGCCCCCAUCAAAUACCAAGCUUUAGAUUUUUCCCCCCUUUAGGCGUCCACCCUUGAUUUCCCGGAAAACCCUCUGCACGGUCACAUCGUUUCUAAAAAUUUUUUACGAAUUAAAUCCUUUUGCAUGGUGUAAUUUGGAGGUUUUUUUUGGUGAAUCGGACGGCAUCACAGGCUGUGGAAAUCGCGUGGAAGGGCAUCUCUUUGAGAGAUUUAUGGUUGCCACGAGCAGUGUGUGAAUCCUCCUCGUAAAUCUCCGUGGUCAGAGAUGGGGGGAAUCUCCAUGGGGGGCAUGGGUACCAUCGAAGUGUGGCCCAAUGAGACCACCGAUGCUGGGUUGACGUGGAUGGGUGAUCUCUGGAACCUGAGCGACACCCUCCCACAGCCUGUUCACUGUCCCUCACUCCAAAUGCCUGUCGGUAAUUUCGUCUCGAUGUUUCUUUAUGGCAUUGUUUGCGUUGUAGGCCUUCUGGGCAAUACCCUCGUUAUCUACGUUGUUCUUCGCUUCACAAAAAUGCAAACAGUCACAAAUAUGUACAUCCUUAACCUGGCAAUCGCCGAUGAAUGUUUCCUCAUUGGGAUACCCUUUCUCAUUACAACAAUGUACUUGGGAGAAUGGAAAUUUGGGAGUACUGUAUGCAAGGGCUACAUGAUCAGCACUUCCAUCACACAAUUCACUUCAUCCAUCUUCCUUUUCAUCAUGUCGGCUGAUCGAUAUAUCGCCGUAUGUCAUCCAAUCUCUUCUCCACGCUAUCGCACAGCAUUUGUCUCCAAGAUUGUAUCGGCGGUGGCGUGGGUCACAUCAGCACUCACGAUGGUACCCAUCAUGUUGUACGCCAACACAGCCCAGACUUUCCGCAAUCGUACGGUUUCGUGCAUAAUUGAUUGGCCAGAGGAGGCGGAAGUACGGUCGGGUACCACAUUCACUUUAUAUUCAUUCCUGCUGGGCUUCGCCAUCCCGCUGAGUCUCAUCCUCAGCUUUUACUAUCUUGUCAUCCGGAAAUUGCAGACUGUCGGACCCAAAAGCAAAUCCAAGGAGAAGAGACGCUCCCACCGCAAGGUGACCAAGUUGGUGCUGACCGUCAUCACAGCUUACGUGGGUUGUUGGCUACCAUAUUGGGUACUACAGAUCUCAAUGAUUUAUUCUCCACCCGUUGUGUGCAAAUCCCGCCUCGAGAUCACCAUAUUUGUCCUCGUUGGCUGCCUUGGGUACAGCAAUUCCGCCAUGAAUCCCAUCCUUUAUGCAUUUCUCAGUGACAACUUCAAGAAGAGCUUCCUCAAGGCGUGCACCUGUGCCGCCGCAAAGACCGCCAAUGCCCAACUUCAAAUUGAGAAUAGUUUCUUCGCUAAAUUAGGCAGGAGUCGCAAUAGUGUUCUCGAGCGCCUGGGAUCAACGUCACGUGGUGCUGGUACAACGCAAACCCACCAGGCACCACAGAAGAAGGAUGGACGUACCGGAAGUGUUCCACAAUCGCCUCCAGGCGAAGAUGAGACAUGCGAGGAGCAACAAACAUCGAGUACAGCACCAAGAGUUCCUCCAGUCUUACAUACGGAUCUCUAAAAAAGGAACAACAAUCCUGUGGUUCCCACCGAAAUUAUAUACGCACUCAGCCAGACACUGUCCAAAAAAAAUAAGAAAAAAAAUGGAACAAAAUAAGUAUUCAACGAGACUUCUUUUUAGAAGAUUCCUCAUAUUUACCCCGAAAUUUUUAGAAAUUAAACCUUCGGAGAGGACACUAAAAAGGAUAAAUGGGGAUGAAAGUAAAACGCAUUUAGAGCAUAAAGAUCCUAAUUGUCAGUUUUUAUUUGUUACACAACGUAAGUCUCUAAAUAUUAUUCAUUAAUUAAGUAACUAUCUAAACAUAUACCAAUUUUAAACAACAUGUUAUUGUAUGUUAAAGUCACUCCAAUUUGGGGAUUUGACAAGAUUCGGGGGAGGGAUUAAUUUGGAUAUAGAAGUGACUGGUGGUUGGGUAUGAGGAAAAGGACAGGGAAAUGUGAAUCCUCACAGAGAGGAAUACACAGUAAAAAAAAAAUACGGCCAAUGUAUCAGAAGGAUGCGAUAGAGAUGAGAACAAUUAAUCAGAGGAGACUUUUAAGCUAGGGGCGCGCGCAAAUUCAAAAUUAUUUAUUAGAUAAAUCUCUGAAGGGUUCAACAAGGAAAAAAGAUUCGUAAAAUUUUUCUCAAAGAGGAAAAUUUAUUAUAGCGCCAAAUCCUUGAGGAUUUUCUUCUCCACGAAGAAAUGUUUGUGAUGACUUAUUAAAGGGAAUGGUGGAAUUAUUUCUUAUCCUCCGCGUUACAAUUGAAUCAUCUCCCUCUAUUGCUGUUGGACCAUGAAGAAGGAAUGAUGAGCAUGCAUAGCAUGGUUGGGAUUUCCACGGAUGUGGGUGGGGAAAAUGUUGAAGGAUAAAUGGAUAUUAUUUACUACUUUUUGCAAUAUAUUCUUAUAUAAAGAAUCUUUCCUCUAGAAUAUAAUGAACAUCAUUGCCCUUUCUAUACUUGAAAAUUACAUUUUGUCAAUGUACCGAUGUUUUAAAAUGAUAACGCGCAGUGAAAUUACUCUUUACAUAAGCAUAAAUGACGUCUCAGUGAGACAAAAAUGAAUGGAGUUUUCUCCAUUCUCUCUCCAACACAAAAUUUUUACGUGUGGAGAGGGCGGAGUAAUUUAAUUUUAAAUGGAUGAAAACAAGAAAAAUAAAUAUCAAAGUUUUUUGUCAUGUUAAUCUGUAUGAAUGAAUGAAGAAGAAAUAAUGAGAUUUUAGAGAAGAAAAAUAAGAACUUUAAAGAAAAGAAAUGUGGAAAUUUUUCAUUCUUAGUCCCUUCACACACCCAACUAAUUUGCACCAAUUGUAAAAUUUAAGUCUACCUAAUUUUCAUUUUAAAACUCAAAACUUCCUUAAGUUUUCACUGACUUUAAACCCGUAUUUAUUUUUCUUUAAUUUAUAUUAUUGAUAUUUUAGUUAGAGGGAGAAAGAAAAUGAAAAUGUUUUUUCUCUAAAAGGAGUUUAUUCAUUUUUGCGGGGACUUAAACCUUAUGCGGAGGAAACAAUCAAAUGCGUAAUUUUUUAGAGGAAUAAAAGAAAAUAAAAAAUUGCUAACAAAACUUCCCUUUUUCCACUGUGAAAUCAGCUGGGAAAAUCUUGCAAAUGGUUUGCUCAGAAAUGCAAAGAAUGACGUCAUUACAGUGAUUUUUUAUCUCUUUAAAUGUAGGAAGCUUAGUCAAUGUUUUUUUGCUUCUUCAUACAUUGGAAGAGACGAAUAAAGCGUAAUGGUGUGAUGACGUCAUUUUCAUAAUUUUCUAAGAGAAUCAGAGCAAUAAUUUACGUAUUUUUAGGUAAAUGUUUACCGAUUCUUCUCUGUGCUGAUCUCAAUAGAAAAUGGGAAGUCUUUUAAAGUUUUUCUUGACUAUUUUUGAAGUUUCUACUAAAUUUUAUUUAUUUGGACUGAUAUUAAUUGAAAUACGAUACACAAAUACGAGUGAAUAGACUCCUUUUUCUCUUUGGAAACUCAAACAGAUGAUAUUAGUUUGGAAAAAAUAUAUACUUGAGCGUGAAAUCAUCAAAUUAUAACUUCUUUCCCUACAUUUACAAAUUGCAUAAGCAAUGUUAACUUCAUAUAACAUGAAUGACAUCAAGGGACAUUUCUUUAUUAUUUAAUUCUAAAAAUAUUUCCAUAUUUUCUCUCUCAUAAAUAUGAUGUUUUGAUGGAAUUCAGGCAGCAAUCUGAUUUACUUUUCACGUGUAUUACAUUUUAUUUUUCUUAGAAUUCCUUUGAGCUUUGACAGCGAGUCCACCAAAUAAAAUUUUUAUUACAGCGUAGAGUUAAGUUUAAAGAUAAAAAGUAAAUGGAAAAAUUUGAUGGAGGUUUGAUGGCCUGAAUAGCUCACACACGUCUGUUCUAAAUCAGAAGAUUUUUUUUAGAAAGUUUUCUACUACAGAAGAAAAAUAUUUUAUCAAUGGUUUUUUGUUCUAUUUAAUGAAUUCAUUGAAAUAGAAAAAUGUUAUAAUUAAUAAUUUUCCGUCAAAGAUUGUAAAAUUUGGAAUGAAUUUCUUUACUUUUAUUUUAAUGUUUUUCUUGAAGAAUGGUUCAGUCUUUUAAUUAAUUUACAAUUAUUAUUUAAAUACAAAAAAAUCUUUAACAGUUCCUUAUCAAUUUUUUGGAAAUUACUUAAAGCACAAAAUAUAAAAUAAAUCUCUAAAUUUGAAAUUAUAUUUAUUUUUUUUAUAGUGAGCUAAGACUCAACAUGAAGAGUUAACUUUUUUCUAGAAUAUUUUGAGAAAACUUUAAUUUUUUUAGGCGAAAGUAAAUCUUCUUCGGUGGUUUUUCUCAUAUAUUUUUUCUUAAAAAAAUAUGCUCCCUUUUUAAUUUUAAGUCUUUAAUAGAGUUUAUGCUUCCUUUAACUGACAAUUUAAGCUUAUCCUUUCUUACUUGACUUCGAAGCUUUCAAAAUAAUAUUUUAAUGUUUAAGAUUUCAUUCUGUUCUUAGAAAUUUAUUUCAUAUAUUGUGCUUAAUCUUCUUCCUUUAAUCUUCAGAAAAACAAUAAGAAAACAAGUUUAAAAAAAAAAAGCAGUAAAUCUGUAACAUAAAACUUUCCAUAAACAAUCUCCUUUACGUUGUGUUGUGUGAAAGCUCUUUUUUUAACGUUAAAUUUGGGAUUAUUUAUUUAUUUUUCUUACACAUUAAAUCUAUUACAAAUAUAUUAUAAUCUAUUCCCUAUGCACAAAAAUAUUUCUCAAAAAGGAAAAAAAAAUACAUUUUACUCUUCGGUAGAUUAAUGAUUGUCACAUAUUAAUUUUUCUUUUCAUUUAUUUUUAGUUCAUGGUUAUACAAUUUUUAUUUACUAUAUAUUUUUUUUUAUUAUUUUCUAUCAGCCACAUGAAACAUUUAUUUACGUCAUAGAAGAAGUUAUUUUAUUUUUCAUCCGGAAUUAUCGUGAUUUCUUGAAUUUGUUUAAACAUUAUCCAGUCCCUGGAGCUUUUAUAUUUUUAGUCUUAUUUUUGUUUUACAAAAUAAGUUUAUUUUUUCCACAAAAGGUGACGUUAGUUCUUGAAAAAUCGGUGGUAGAUGUUUCCCAUUGAGUUUUUUGGUGUGUGUGUGUGAAAUUCUAAGAUUUAUUCUUGUUGACAGAAAUAUUGUUAAAAUUAUUAUCUUUUGACGUU